CUGUAACAAGUCGAAACACAGCUUAAGCUCCUAGGAAAUUAAUGCAGGUUGCAAGACCUGUUAUAUGUUAAUUUGAGAAGGGGUUGGGCCAGGACGAUGCUUUAAAAUCAAUCAGCACUAAGUCACCUGUCACUGUGCAUUUUCCUGUCUUUACAUCUACUAUUUUAAGAGAGAAAGUUCUGGAAAGAUGACAGCCGACGUGAAAAAAAAUGUUUAUAAGGGAGUAGACCUCCACUGUCAGACCAACAACACUGAACACCACACCAGUGAAAUCUCUGUGGAUCGGCUGAUUGUGAGGCGAGGCCAGCCCUUCACCCUGACCCUAAAACUGACGCAAUGUUUCAACCCGGACCUUUACCCGCUCAACAUCGUCGCAAUGACAGGAAAACACCCGUCCGAUGUUCGGGGGACGAUGUCAUUCUUCAGUGUCCCAGACAGAGUGCAGGGUUCACCAUCAGCAAAGGCAGUGUGGAAGAUAGCGCUUCACAAGAGUUCCUCCCCACUAACAGGCCUCUUGAACCUGACCAUUACGCCCCCGGCCGACACCCCCAUAGGGGAGUACUUGAUGUAUGUGACGCACAGGGAUGAGAAAAUGUUACUGGCAACGCCGGUGGUGCUCUUCAACCCCUGGUGUCCUGAUGACUGGGUGUUUCUGUCUGAUGGGGAGCAGAGGCAGGAGUAUGUAAUGAAUGAACAAGGAAUCAUCUACCGAGGAAGUGGCAGCUACAUUUCCCCUAUGAACUGGGACUACGGACAGUUUGAACACAACAUGGUGGACAUUUGUUUGAAGAUGUUGGACAUGAACAACAAACACUUGAAUGGCCCAGCUGACGAUGUUUCUGCGCGCUGUAACCCCAUCUACGUCAGCCGUGUGGUCAGCGCCAUGGUCAACUGUAAUGACGACCGUGGUGUCCUGCUGGGACGCUGGGACGGUUCAUUUUGCGACGGGGUCCCACCCUUUCAGUGGAAUGGCAGUCAUGCCAUUCUUAAGCAGUGGAUAAAUACUGACUGCAGCCCGGUCAAGUACGGGCAGUGCUGGGUGUUCGCCGGUGUGAUGUGCUCAGUAAUGCGCCUGCUGGGCAUCCCCUGCCGUGUGGUCACCAACUUCGAGUCAGCCCACGACAACAACAGCAAUCUGGUCAUCGACAUGUACUACGCCGACUACGGAGUGAGAGAGAAAGAAUCCCCUGACAGUAUUUGGAACUUCCACGUGUGGGUGGAGGGGUGGAUGAGGCGGCCAGACCUGGCAAAAGACGGCAAAUAUGACGGCUGGCAAGUUUUGGACCCAACACCACAGGAGAAGAGCGAUGGUGUAUACUGCUGCGGUCCUGCCUCGGUCACAGCCAUUCUUAACGGAGACACAGACCUGAAAUAUGACGUACCAUUUGUCUUUGCAGAGGUCAAUGCCGACUGUAUUGACUGGCUGAUCAAAGCUGACGGUUCAAAAGUGAAUAUCUUGUCUGAUACUAAACGAGUUGGUCAGAAUAUCUCCACCAAGUCUGUUGGCUCCAACAAGAGGAUGGACAUCACCGACUCUUACAAAUACAGAGAGGGAUCAGAGAAGGAGAGGUCUGUCUUCAAAUACGCUGUCAGCAGACUCUCCCCCAAUGUAAAGCCAGUCGAGAGUGGACCGAUGAAGGUGAAUGAUGAAGUAACCCCAGACUGCAUCACUCCACUGUCCAUACGAUUUGAAGAGGUGUCCAAACCGAUGAACGGCAGGGAUGUGAGCCUAAAGCUGGUGCUGGGCACUGAGGGCAAUGCUGCCAGGCCGCUGUCUAUCAACAUCAGUGUCCAAGCCAUGAGGUACAACGGCUCACCAGCUAUGACCAUUCAGACUGAGGUGAAAAAGGAGACACUGCAGCCUGGGAGAGAUCUGUCCAUCCCUAUCCUGGUCCCAUUCUUGGCUUACAAUAAACACAUGGUGAAGUGUGAAAGCAUGAAGGUUUCAGUCAUGGUCACGGACAAACAGAAGCCAAAUAACAUAUACCUGGCUGCGCAGGACAUUGUGCUGCUUAACCCUCCCAUCUCCAUCACCGUUUCCAGUCCAACCAGAUGGAACUGUGAGGCAUCUGGGGAAGUGGUUUUUAUGAACCCAGUUGACGAGACGCUGAAGGACUGCACCCUGACUCUAACUGGAAGUGGCCUUUUGAAAGAGGAGAUUGUAAAAACGUUUCCAGAUCUGAAGCCAAACAACCGAAUAUGCCUCAAGUUCUUCUUUGUUCCCAACAAGAUUGGCGACAAGACUCUGGUGGCCAACUUCGACUGCUCCACUUUCAGACACAUCAAGGGUAGCUGCAGUGUCAAUGUCAGGCUGUAAAUUCUCAGUAUCGCUGAGUAAGAAUCAUGGUUUUCAUACACUUUCUGUAAUAAAACAUCAAAAAGCAAAAGUCCUCAGAUAAGGGAACCUUGGGACAAAAUCAUACCAAAUAAUCCUUUUUGAGUAAAAUCACUUCAUUGUUGCUUUUGGUCUUUUAAUGAGAUUUACCUGCAAGACGAAAAAUAUAGAAUAUCACCAAACUAAUCCUGUAAGUGACAAAAGGACGCCACUUUAGGAGUGAUGCUCUCCAUUUCCUUCAUCCCUACAGAGUCAUGGAAAUAGUGAAUUUGGCAAAGCUGAUGUUAGCAAGAAACACGAGUCAGACGAUCAUACAGAUUGGAAACAAACCUCCAGGUUAGCCAAAUUUAGACAAGAAAAGCAAACAGUAAAAUUGUUAGCCAAACUGUCCGUUGUAAACACUCAAAACACUUCCUGCUUGGACUUUGACCUCUUCUGCUUACUGUAGUUAUGCACAGUUUUUCUGUCCACCAAGAGAUUAUUACAAACAUUUCAGGCGCAGGUUCUAUUUUGCUUUUAAAUAAAGUGGUUUAGAUAAUCUGGAUUAUAUCUGGAUAUAAUAUGGUGCGUUUACAACCUCUCUGGUCGUCUGACUGCUCAUGUUUGUUGCCAUGUUGGAUCUGCUGAGUAUCAGACAACACUGUAUUUGCUAAAAUAAAUAAGACUAUAUUUUGAGGCAUUGAUUGAAUAGUGAUGCUGUUAAUAUUUGUGGCAGUUUCUUUAAGAACUGAGUUAGAGACCAUCUGACACUGAAUCUGGUACUGAUGACUUUUAUAGAUUGUCUUCAGAAUCUUUAUCAUUAAUAAGUGAUCCAUCCCAAAGAUAUGCAGUGGAAUCAGGAUAUUUUUCAUUUGAAUAAAAAAAUUAUUCCUACCUGACACAAAUAUCUCCAUAGUUAUGAUGCUGCACCACAAGCUCUAUAUUGUUGAGAAUUAUUUUAGAGUAUUAUAGACUAAAUUGAUAUCAUUAAUUGCUAGAGCAGUGGUGGUCUGCAUUGGCAUCAUUUAAGGUAUUAUUUUAUAGUGUAAAGUUAAGAUCACAACGUUGAAACUCUAUAGCUCUGAGUGUGGUCCUCUCUGUGUCUAAUUGCCCGGAGGCAGUAGCACAUGUGUGUGUGAGCAGGCAUGUGUGCUCUGGGAGCAGAGUGAGUGAGCACAGCAAGACAUCAUCAAAAACACCAGCAAAAGUUAAAAAGUAGAAGCAGAAUUAGUGAAAAUGUGUUAAUAAACAUAGUCCAUCACAGUAGGGAUGUCUUGUGUUUAGCACACUGUACAAAAGACACCAGCUUAUUCCACAAAGUGAGGCUUUUGGUGAAAGUAGCAUGAUCAGCAAAUGGCAGGUCAUCAUUUUUGAUCAUUUUAGUAUCCUUAAUUAGUAGUAAUCAUUAAUCAUUCUUAAUUCAUCAUUUUUAAUCAAUCAUUUUAUUAUCUUUAAUCAAUAUCAAUAAGUAAUCAGUCUUAAUUCAUCAUUUUUAAUCAUUUUAUUAUCCUUAAUUAGCAUUAAUCAUUAAUCAUUAGUAGGUAGUUUAUUAAUUAUCCUUACUUACUUCUUAAUCUUUAUGUCUUAUUUUCUACUUAGAAGUGCUGUGCUGUAAUCAUGAAUGCAGUAACAAGUUCACUGUGAUUAAGAUUCCUGAGUGGGUGCUUUGACUGCAGACACUGAGACUAUGCACGCCUUGUUCAACUGUUACCUACUGUAGAUUUAUGACAGCAGGAGAGGCUACAGGUGUUCAAAAUCUGCUGUGACAAGUGCAUGCUUUGGUCUACUGAUAUCCACUGUUGUUAUAAUAUGAUGAACUGCCGAGGUAUCAGUCUGUUGAUAUUAAGACUACAUGCUUAAUUACUGAUUAAGGGGUUGAUUGUCAACUUUCAACCACUGAUGCUUAGAGCCUGUGUGAACUUCGAGUGAACUUACCCAUGGGCAUUUGGUGAACUUGCUGAUGAAGCAUUUGCUGACUCUGCUUGGCAGAGUGGGUGAGUUUCUACGGUAGAAAAUGGAUGCAUAGAUCCAGACAAGCAAAAGUAGUAAAAAGCCAGUAUAACAACAAGAUUACUGUAAGAAACCAAGCAUCAAUGAGAGGCAUAGCACAACAUAUGUUAUUCCUGUAGUUAUUUUUUAAAGAAAUAUAACUGUGUGUCAAAUUAUAUACGCAUAACUGCUGAAAAAGGGUGACAUUUGAGUUACAGUGUAAAUGAUGAGUUUCUUAUCCUGUAAUAUAACAAAAUAUAGAAAGUUAACAACACAGAAUGAUGAAUGAAAGCUAGAAAACUUGUAAAAGUGGUAUAACAACACGUGUGAACAGCAUAAAAGCAGAAGAUAAGAAAUUCAGCAUGAAGAAAGGAGGGGGGCACACCAGCCCAGAAGGGAUAUAUAAGGCUGUCUGCAGACCAUAGGGUUGACUUCAUCCUCUGACCUGCAGGGAUGUUGUACUGGUUUGUUUGUCCUGUUUUGGAAUAAACUCUUUUGCACUGAC